AUAAGCGCUCAAGAUGACUCAGCAACUGUUAACGAAGCCGAAACUAGUGUUAAUAAUUUUACAGUCCCAGCACCGCCUGUUGACAAAGCUCAACCCCAAGCACGUGGAUCUGUGAGGGCUUAUACCAAUACUGAUGAAGUUCUCAAGUCGGAAAUAUUAUGGACUUUGCAUUCAAUAGCUGCUCAUACAUCGUUUAAAUCAAAUGAAGAAGUGGGUAAAAUUCUACAGGCUAUGUUUCCAGACAGUGUUAUUGCUUCAAAAUUCACCUGUGGUGAAAAAAAGACAGCCUACAUGUGUGUGUUUGGGUUAGCUGAACACUUUUCACGCCUUCUCAAGGAUGAUGUGAAAGGUUCUUUUACUGUUUUGUUUGAUGAAAGCCUUAAUAAGAAAACUCAAGAGCAGCAAAUGGACAUUCAUGUUCGAUAUUGGAAAAGCAAUCAAGUUGUAUCUCGUUACUUUGGAUCAGAGUUUCUGGGUCACACAACUGCUGAGGAUAUGCUGAAACAUUUUUCAGGUGGAGUUUUAGAAAGUGGCUUGCCYAUUAAAAACUUGGCUCAAAUUAGUAUGGAUGGACCCAAUGUGAACUGGAAAUUUUACAAAAUGGUGAAGAACAAACUGUYAGAUGAAUUUGAUACUGGAUUGAUAAAUAKUGGUUCUUGUGGGUUWCAUAUUAUACAUAAUAGUUUUAAGGCUGGUGCUGUUGCCUCUGGGUGGGAUAUUUCCACUCUGUUGUUAAGUCUCUACAGACUCUUCAAAGACUCGCCAGCCAGAAGGGAUGACUAYAUGAAUGUUUCCAGCUCAAUGGAAAACAAUUUAAUGSCAUUAAAGUUCUGUARCCAUCGUUGGCUAGAAAAUAUGCCUGUGUGUGAAAGAGCCCUAAAUGUAUGGGACAGGGUUGAGGCAUUUGUUAAAGCUGUCAAAGAGAAAUCUAUCAAAAWUCCAUCCAACAAGUCCUUUGAAACAGUAAAGGAGGCCAUGAAUGACAAGUUGAUUAAAUGCAAACUUCAAGUGUUCCAAUGCAUUGCAGGACACCUUUUACCAUUCCUAACUUUAUACCAAACAGACAAGCCUAUGGUUUGCUUCCUAGUUUCUGACUUGAGCAGUCUUAUCAGAGUACUUAUGAGGAAGUUCAUUAAAGAUGAUGUACUUGAACAGGCAUCUACUCAUGAAAAGCUCAGCAAGAUUGAUGUAGAGGAUAAGAAGAACCACAAAGGCUACAAACAAAUUKAKUUAGGAUUUUCUGCAGAAAAGUCAUUAAGGGAAGCCCUACGAAAGGGUGAUGUUAGUCCAAAGCAGGCAAUKGAGUUAAGGCUUGAUUGUAAAACAUUUUUGAUAACUGCACUUAAGAAAAUCCUUUUCAAGUGUCCCAUUUCUUAUUCUUUGGUCAGAAAUAUGAGUGCCUUARACCCAAGAGCUAUGGCCAAGAAUGCAGCAGACUGUAGAUYUAAGAUGAAAGGUAUUAURGUUGCUUUAGUAAAUGCAGAUAAGGUCAAGGAAAGUGAAUGUGAUGGUAUUCUGCAUGAAUUUGACAACUUCUUAGAGRCAAUUCCUGUCAUAGGAAGUGCUUUGUUUACAGGAUUCGAUCCGAAAAAGGACAGGGUUGAUGAAUUUCUUUCUAAACAUAUGUCAAGUGAAUCCUACAAGAAGCUUCUUCAAGUGGUUAAACUUCUUUUAGUCCUAUCCCAUGGCCAGGCUUCUGUGGAGCGAGGCUUCUCUGUCAACAAAGAAACAUCAGCUGAUAACAUAAGCCAAAGGACAUUGGUUGCCAAACGUGUUGUAUAUGAUCAUAUAAAUGCAGUUGGGGGGGUGCUUAAAGUAGGUAUUACAAAAGAUCUACUGAAAUCAGCAUCUUUAUCAAGAAAGAGGUAUGAACAAUAUUUGCAAGAUGAAAAGCGUAAGAAGACAUCAGAUGAACAAGAGAGAAAGAGAAAGCACUUGGAAGAUGAAGUUGACAACCUCAAGGAUCAAAGAAAAAGAAUAAGACUAGAUAUUGAUGCACUUAAUUCAACAGCAGACUCAUACUAUGAAAAGGCAGAAUCAACAGGGGAUGUUUCUCAU